CUUUUGCUUCAGCUGCAGAGAAAAAGAAAAAGAAAAGGAAAAGGAAAAGGAAAUAUUCCGUCAGAAGAGAGAAGCCCUAGUUCCUUCUGUCGUUAACUUCUAUCGACCUCUCAGGUUGCUAUGACCUCAAUUACAAAGCUUGUGGAGAAGAAAAUCUGAAACUGUCUCUGUAUUAAGUUCCGCUGGAAAUUGUUUUUGGAUAUUGGAAAUUAUCUGAGGGUGGUUGUAGAUUAGCUGAAUAUACAGAGAAAACUCUGGAGAUUCGAGUUGUUGACAAUCAAUGUGCGGCUCGCACAUCAAUUUCCAGGCAUCCCUGUUAGAAUACAGGAGGAGCUCCCAAACCAUGGUUUCUUCUAUUAUUUGCCCACUGCGUGGUGGUGAGGAGGCCGAAACCCCUUGUAUCAAACAAGAAUCCAACCUCCCUUUUGUCUGUAAGAAAAGAAAAAAGGUUUUGGCUGACGUUUACCAUAAUUUAACUUCUCAAACUUUCAAGGACCAUAAUGAUGUUCAGUCUACCAUGGAGUUGACAAUUGGUUCCUCGAACAGUGCUCAUGCUUUGUCCUCUUGCCACAACUCCAAUGAGCUACUUGGUUCACCAUCUGAGGUAGUUAUAAGCUGCCAGUGUGCUGGGGACAGUGACAAUGCUUCCCCGCCUUGUGAAAUUGGUGGUCCAUCAUACAAUGACAAAGGCUGCCCAACAUAUCCUUUGCCUGCACAGGUGACUGGAUGGAUGUAUGUUAAUCAACAAGGUCAGAUGUGUGGUCCAUACAUACAGGAACAAUUGUACGAGGGUUUGUCCACUGGUUUCUUGCCUGAGGAACUUCCUGUUUAUCCCAUCUGCAAUGGGACACUUGCUAAUCCAGUGCCCUUGAAGUACUUCAGUCAGUUUCCCGAUCAUGUUGCCACAGGCUUUGCAUAUUUAAACACAUCAACAUCUGACUUGAAAGGACUGGUUACUACCCCUACAGGUUAUAGCAGGGAUUCUCUUUUGAGUGGACAUGACUUUCAGUCAAAGUCAGUUUAUUCUGAAACACCCAGCUUAAACCAGCAUAUGCUCACCUCUGACUCUGUCACCCUUACUGCUGCACAUUUGCAUCAGGAAGGUGGAGAACCUUGUUGGGUCUUUGAGGACGACGAGGGGAGGAAACAUGGACCACAUUCUCUUCUUGAUCUCUACACAUGGUUUCACUAUGGGUAUAUUAGGGAUUCUAUAAUGGUUUAUCAUUCUGGUAAUAAAUUUAAACCUCGUACUCUGCAAGUUUUGUUAAGUACUUGGGCAGAAGCUGUACCUAGAAAUGCCUCUCUGUCGACUGCCAGUAUGCAUCAGGUUGAAACUUUACAAGGUUUUUUUACUGAAGUUUCUGAAGAAUUAUGUUCCCAGCUUCACUCAGGGAUCAUGAAAGCAGCUCGUAGAACUGUACUGGAGGAGAUCAUUAGCCAAAUAAUUUCAGAGUCUGUUGCAAUAAAUGAAGCAGACAAAAAUCCUAGGAAUGAAACUCUUAAUCAGCAUGUCAAUGCUUGCUCUGAGGAUAGCAUAAUGUGUAUGGCUUUAAGCAAGGAUAAGACAUGUAUUCUCACUGAGAACAGAGCAGACACUUCUAAUACUGUUCACCAGAAACCUCAUCCGGAUGAGAUUACUUUAAUGUCUUCAGCAGGCACAAAAUCUGUUGGAAGUUUUCAGAAUUUUUGUUCUGCAUAUACAGUUAUCUGCAGAAUACUUUUUGAGUCAUGCAUGCAAGUCAUGUGGAAUGCUGUCUUUUAUGACCUCAUAGCAGAUAAUUCAUCUGCAUGGAGAAAUAGAAAGCGCUGGUCUGAUCUUCGAGCUGUGGUGAAAUCAAGUAAUGUUUUGGAGUCUUCACUUGUCCAUUAUCCAGAGCCACAUACUGAAGCUUUGCAUCAAGACGACUCAUCUGGUUGUGACAACGAUUGCCCCCCAGGUUUUGAGCGGGUGAUGGAGAUACAAGAUGUGCAUCCAAAUUUACCUUCACAGUGUUUGCCUUCUGUUGAUGAAGUAUCAUGUAAAGGCGAUGUGUUAAUAGAACACAAAGAUUUUGAUGACAUAGGAUUAAUCCAUGAGAAUGUAUUGAAUGAUCUGCACCGAUCUGUGAAGUUAAGUUUGGAAAGUUUUUUCAUGGACCUCUUGGAUGAGGAAGUGGGGAGAAAUGCGGAUGACCCCUCAAAGGAUGUGCAAUUGAAUGAGGUUGUGGAGGAUUCUAGUUUCCAUGGUGAUGAUUGCCAUACAAGUCAAAAUGGUUCUCCAGACACUAUUCCUAAUUCAAAGGAAUUACUUUCUUAUGGUCUUGAGGUUUUCUCUCCAUUAUCAGGGCCAUUAAAAAAGAAUAUUGUUACUAGAAAUAGGUUUACUUUUUCAGAUGUAUUCUUGAGUUCAUUUCAGAAAUUGGAUGUUCAUUUAGAUGAUGAAAUUGUUGAUGAGCUGAAACCACCUGAGUCUAGAAUCUUACUUCCUGUACAAACUUCUAGCCACUUGUCAUUUAGAUAUCGUGAUUGUGUUCCAAAGAUUUUGUGGCAUAGUGUCCUGACAAUUUGUCGGCAAAAGAUACAUGAAAAUGUGCUGAGAGAAGUGAGACUGUUUAUUGAUGAUACAAUAAAAAAACAUCUUACAGCUUGGUAUUCUAUGAAGAAAUCAACCAAAUCAGGAGAUUGUCAGGUUUCAAAGAUCAAGAUAGACCAAAAGAAACACAAUGAUUUUCUUGCCACAUCAAAAAAUCAUGUUGAGAACUCUUCUGAGGCAUCUUUGACCACAGGGAGAUAUACAUAUUAUCGUAAGAAAAAGCUUGACAAGAGAAAGUCGGGCUCCUUAUCUCAGUUUAUGACCACCAAGGGUGCUGGUCCACAAAAACAAUGUGGUGUUGAUAAAUCAAAGAAGCAAGAUGCCUCAGGUGACGUACCAGAGAAUGCUAAGCAUGGAAUGUCUGUUUUAAACACUAAAGAAGUUCGACUUGCAAAAUCUUGCAGUGAAUCACAUAAAAACUACUCAUCAUCCCAUGUUAGUUCUAACAAAAAGUCAGAGAAGGUUGCAGCUGUUGCAAAAGUUUGCGAAAAAAAUGCAAGUGGAAUUAAACGGAAGGCUUGCGAAAAUAAUUCAAGUGGAAUUAAACGAAAGGCCUGCGAAAAUAAUUCAAGUGGAAUUAAACGAAAGGCCUCUGUACUUGCUGAAGACACCGGUACUGCUGAUAAGCUUUCCAAUAAUUUGAACAAGGAUUUCAAAAAACAAGAAGUGCAAAUAAUAUCAAAAGUGAUACCAAAAUCAACCAAAUUAGCAAAAUUGAAAAGAAAACAACAGACUGAUGAUAUUCAGUUGAGAAAAGUUCAGAUUGUUCCGGUUGCUUCUUCCGAUCAAGCAACAGACAAACAGGUUAUUGUGCAAAAUAAAAGCAGUGGUAAAUCCAGGAAAACAAAACGAUUCCCCCGAUCAGAUGGGUGUGCUCGCACAUCAAUCAAUGGAUGGCAAUGGCACAAGUGGUCUCUCAGUGCUACUCCUGCUGAAAGGGCUCAUGUUAGGGGGAGUCGCUAUGUCCAUGUUCAUCCUGUCAGUCUAGAUGGAAACAGUUCUCAAUUGUCAAAUGUUAAAGGAAUUUCAGCCAGAACUAACAGGGUUAAGAUGCGUAACCUUCUUGCUGCUGCAGAGGGUGCUGAUCUUUUGAAAGCAACUCAAAUAAAGGCAAGGAAAAAGCGUUUGCGUUUUCAGCGUAGUAAGAUACAUGACUGGGGUCUUGUAGCCUUAGAGCCAAUUGAGGCUGAGGACUUUGUGAUUGAAUAUGUUGGAGAACUUAUUCGUCCCCGUAUAUCUGAUAUACGGGAACUCAAUUAUGAGAAGAUGGGAAUUGGAAGCAGUUACCUCUUUAGACUGGAUGAUGGUUAUGUGGUUGAUGCAACAAAGCGUGGGGGGGUUGCUAGAUUUAUUAAUCAUUCUUGUGAGCCUAACUGCUACACGAAGGUCAUUAGUGUUGAGGGUCAGAAAAAGAUCUUUAUUUAUGCAAAGCGGCAUAUUGCUGCUGGUGAAGAAAUUACGUACAAUUACAAAUUCCCUUUGGAGGAGAAAAAGAUCCCUUGCAACUGUGGUUCUAAGAGGUGUCGUGGUUCAUUGAACUAAGGAUUUUGGGUGUCGUGGUUCAUUGAACUAAGGAUUUUGGGUUAUUUGUAAACAAUGCUCGGUGACCUGAUGUGUAGUAUUUUUUUGAUUCGGCAUUUUUCCAUGUAAAGGAUGAUGAAUACCUGUUGCCUUUGCAAAUGGUUGUAGAUAUCUCAGUUGCAGAUGAGUUUUCCCCUCUUAAGACCUGAAAGUCGGGUGCUCUUUUUUUUCAUUUUUGAGGCUCUUUUUUUUUUUUUUUUUUUUUGGAAAUUUUAUCUUGUACAGACUUGCAUUAUGCCUUCAUUCUUUAGUUAUUAUAAUUAUACCAUACAAUAUUCUCAUUGUCCUAUUUCAAAAUGAAAUAGGGAUGCUAUAUAAAUUUAUUGUCAACCCUUGAAACCAUGAUUAAUCCAGUCCUUUUUUGUUUGUUUCUAUUAUAUGAGGCCAAGUUGAGCCAUCAACUCUAGGUAUUUAUGUGUAUGAGAUUAUCCUCAUUUAUCUUGAUAUGAAGUAUGGGGUGGUUCUGAGCCUAAAUAUUAGGGUGCUAUAAUAAGUUCAAUUGAUUUGGAUUCACUGAGAGGGAAGUGAUAAAAAGGUCUGGGUUAUUUAUUUUCAAAGGAAGAUUUAUAACCCCUUUUCCAUAAAUAUGUUUGCUGUAAGUCUUUCAUCUAGACAAUGAUCCAUAAUUGUUUAACAAUUGCAAAAACGCAUUUGAGUAUAACUAAUUGGUCCAUAAUUCUUUUGCAUUAUAUCGGAGAGAUCUUACCAAUACCAAUUAUUAUUGACGCAGGGAGCGAUGAAGUAGUGCACAAACUUCUAGUUGGGACAUAUUUGAAGCUUUUCUGGUAUGUAUCCCUUUUCUCAUUUCUUAUUUACCUUGUUUUGUGCCCUGUCAAGGAUAUCUCCUGCCACUCACUAGUCAGCUUUGGUACAUGUAUAAUGGGUUUGGAAAGGAGGCUUCUUAAUAUAAUUAAUUCCUACAAUUCUGAACAUCUGAAAAGAAUUGGGGUAACAAAGUUUGAAAAUUUUGAUGAUGAAACAAUGUGGUGCAUUAUAUUUGUUACUAGACCCAAAAAAAAAAAAAAAAAAAACUGAAAUGGGUAGUUGUGAUGGAAUCUAUAAUGACAUUAAUCCUUUCAGGCGGAGUUUGUAUGACUAGAAUUAUCUGUAGAAAUGAAAAUAUGAAAUGCCCAUUCAUUUCGUUAAGCGGCAGAGCAUCGGCAUAAGACUUGUGAAAUGUGGGUGUCCUUUGCCGUAAAAUCAAGACAUCCACACACCAAACAGAACAUCCCUUGGGAUCUUGCUGACCCAUUUGCCUUUUUCGUGGGUAAGGGGUAUUUUUAUGUCACAAAUGCAACAAAAUGUCAGUCCGGACCCAACA